AUGGUGCUUUGGGGGGCUUACCUGCUCCUCUGCCUCUUAUCCCUCCUGCCCCAGGUCAUGGCCGAGCCACCAACCCCCAAGGCCAAGAAGGCAGCAACUGCCAAGAAAGACAUCACGAUCCCGAAGGUACUUGAGGAGUUCAAGAAUAGGCUGGACAGCCUGGCCCAGGAGGUGGCCCUGCUGAAGGAGCAACAGGCUCUGCAGACAGUCUGCCUGAAGGGCACCAAGGUGCACAUGAAGUGCUUCCUGUCCUUUGCCCAGGCCAAGACCUUCCAUGAGGCGAGCGAGGAUUGCAUCUCCCGCGGGGGCACCCUGGGCACCCCGCAGACGGGCUCGGAGAACGAUGCCAUCUACGAGUACUUGCACCAGAGCUUGGGCGCCGAGGCCGAGAUCUGGCUAGGCAUCAACGAUAUGGCGGACGAGGGGGUCUGGGUUGACCCGACCGGUGGAAGCAUCUCUUACAAGAACUGGGAGACCGAGAUCACCGCGCAGCCGGACGGCGGGAAGGCAGAGAACUGCGCCGCCUUGUCAGGCGCGGCCGCCGGCAAGUGGUUUGACAAGCGCUGUCGCGACCAGCUGCCCUACAUCUGCCAGUUCGGGAUCGUGUAG